CGGAAUAAGGUCCGAUGUGAGCCACAGGCUUUAGUUCCUCUAUCUACGUGCAUCAUUUUUUUUUUUCUCGCGUUUUGAACCACAUUACUGAAAUGUUUUUUCUGUAAACCGCUCCGUAGUGUAGUUUUAUUACGACAGCGGGUGCUGUUAAGAGGUUAACCCUAGUGUUUAGCCACUCUGUAUGUAAACAACGCGAUGAAGACGACUGGAGGUUCCGGUUGACACACGGAAACAAACAAACCGGAGCACGAACUGAAAGAAGUGGGUUUGCUGCGGUUUCACUGAGGUCCCCGUCUCCUAUGGAUUCUCUCAACACUUUUGAAUCUGAGAUGGAGGCUGAUGAACAAGGGAACUACUCUCUGUUUCCUGCUCUGGACAGCAUUGCAAGUCUAUCUGGGACCGCUGAGACUCUGGAGAGCGAACCACCCAGUGAAAUUGCAGAGAAGCCAAACCUCACAUGGCUCGAUGCUGCACAGAUUGUCUUGGAAGAAGCUGGACGUCCUAUGCACAUAAAGGAGAUUAAACAGAGAAUCAUCGACAGGGGACUUGUUCAAUCCAAUGCAAAAUCAAGUCUGGAGGCUGUCAUGUACCGAGAGACACAAAAAGGCAGCAGGAGAUUCAAGAGGAUUGAGAACAGAAACGGAGUCUUUGCACUGCUGACUGAUGAGGAGAGGCAGCAGGCCUUGCAGGCUUUCACUGCCCAGUCUUUCCUCGGCUCUCCGCAGCAGAACACCAUCUCCAAUUCUGGCUCAGUUGCCUCGGCGCCUACCUUCCCAUCCCCCACCAGCUCCUCAGAGCAUAGGACCAAGAUGAAGAGAGGUCCACGAAAAAAGCAGAAUGAAAAGUACCGACUCAAGUACCUUAGGCUGCGCAAAGCUGCCAGCGCCAUGAUAUUUGAGAAUGCAGCUCUCUGUGAUGAAGUUGCCCACUUAGAAGAGAAGUUUCUGAGAGCAAAGGAGGAGCGGAGGUUUUUACUGAAGUCAAUGUUGCAGUACCAGUCUUUGUCAGAGGGGGACAUACUGCCAACACCCAGCUCAAGCUCCCAUCCACCAGUGCCGCCUGCAGCAUUAACCUCAGGUCCUGCAGGGGCUUCAGGCCUGUCUGGGGGGCAUAACCUGGCAUCAGUGGUAUCAACAGGGGAAGAGGGACUUCUUAAAAAACCCAAGAAGGAAAGGAAAGAGCGAGGCAGGGAAAAUGGAAAGGAGGAACUUCCAAAGAAGAUGUCUAAGAAGAGAAAGCUAGCAGAUGGGUCUCGGAAACUGGUGCAGCCCAUCCCUUUGGACUCAUCUGGUCGUCCCGUUUUUCCCAUCGUACUGGGAGGUUUAACAGUCUACAGCCUGGGAGAGAUAAUCACAGACAGGAUGUUGUUCCAUGAUGAGUGUGCCAUCUACCCGGUGGGCUUCUGCAGCACCCGAGUCUUUGCCAGCAUGAAAAACCCUGACCAGCAGUGCCUCUACACCUGCCAAAUCAAGGAUAUGGGAGCAGGUCCACAGUUUGAGAUUGUGCCUGAAGAAGAUCCUCAGAAUGCCAUCGUGGCCUCCUCGGCCCUGACGUGCCACUCCAAUCUACUAAAGGCCGUCGCGUCUGUCAGUUCCAAGUCUGUGGUGCCCAUCGUGCCAUCAGGAGCUGACUUCUUUGGCUUCUCACACCCCACCAUUCAGAAUCUCAUCCAGAGUUGUCCUGGAGCACGCAAAUGCAGCAACUACCGAUGGAUACGUUUUGACGUGUGUCGCCCUGGUGAUGGCCAGGUUCCUCACAGCCUAUCAGAGGACGAUGCCUCAGUCAACUUUGAGGCUUACCAGAGACACCAGGGUUAUGAUGAGAACAUCAAGACGGAGCACAUAACAGGACAGGCACCGCAGUCCCCUAGCUCCUCUCAUCAGCACCACCUGACCUCCCCCACCAUGAAGCCCACUACCAAAUAUUUCAGCUCCUGAUUCUGAAAGUGCAAGAUCCAACAAUCCUUGUGAAUUUUCAUUCUUAUUUACAAAUCCUACACGUUUCCCUCUUUUCCUUCCUGGUUCAAUAAUUCAGUAAACGGAGGCAUACAGUUACCUAUGUUAUUUAUUGCAUGUCGUCUUCUAGCAAGUUCCAGACAGCUUUACUGGGGAUAUGUGCUAGCAUAGUUGAUGCUAAUGUACUGGAUGUGGCUGGUGAGUUAGCUUUGUGCUUAACGUGACAAUAGCAACGUAACCCCCGACACCUCUGUACUGACAAUUGCAUUUGUGUAUGUAUAUAAACAUACAUGCUAUAUUUCACUUGGUACCCUACUUAAAGUUGCAGUUAACCUUUUUUUCCCUAGUUGAAACAGUAGAUCAUGUUUGAAUAAUCAAUAAUUUCAUUUGAUUUCAAUAUGUUUCACUUUGAAGUAAAAUUAUUUGCUUUGAAUGUACACACACAAACUUAGUUGUUGAUUUGUCAUUUAUUUAUGCAAAUUAUGCAGUGUAAAGAACUCAUUUGUGUUGUAGACUUCAAAAUACAGCAAUUUUGUUUGAAAAAGACAUUUGUCUACACAGUCAAGCAAUUGUUUGCAGUGGUUAUAACAGCAUAUUUUCAGACACUUUCAGUGGUUUUACAAGACUGACUGAUAAUCUCCAUUU